CUGAAGCGCUGAUCAUCUACAGACAGUCUGAGCACAUACAGAGAGCGCAACACACUGAAAGAGAGAGACAACAUCUUUACCGAUAUAUUCUUCAGUCAUAGUUUAACUGGACAACAAAUCUCAAACUACUCAAACCUGUCAUCACAAAUCGCAAUGGAUUGUCGAAACGAAGGAUGCACUCAGCCGCAAGAUGAAGACAUCAUGGACAUUCCCCUUGACGACCCAGCCGCAAACAAGGCUGCUGCUAAGAUUCAAGCUGGUUUUCGAGGUCACAUGACCAGGAAGAAAAUGAAGGAUGACAAGCCUAGAGAAGAGAAACAACGAGAGCAGAAGUAGCUAAGAGGAGCACCAUCACCACCGCCCAAUAGCACAUCACUGCAAUAACCAGAGCUCUUUUGUUUAAAAAGAACCCUUCAGUGUAUGAUAUGAAAGCAUCAACAUCCAAACAGAGUUUGCCACCUGACUAGCAGACUCUUUCACACAUUUCUCUUCUUCCUUUAGCAUUUGAGUGGCUGUUUCUGUCUUGAAACGGUUUCACAGCAUGACAUUAUAAAUUCAGUUCAUUUAAGAUAGAAAUUUGUUCGUGAUCUGUCAGCUUUCAAAUCUGAAGAGUUUUUCUUGUUGCUUCAAGCAAGGCAAGCCAAAUACUCUGUCUGGAGAUUUGUUGAUUUGUUUGAGGUUGUGCUUUACUUCUUUGGCUGUACUGAAUCUUACAAUAUACAAGUAUGCAUUUACUAAACGUCAAUGUUUUUUCUAGCAUAAAUUUUGUUUAUGCCUGUUUAAUAAAGCAAAUUAAGUUCCACA